AUGACUGUACCCCGAGAAGAGUCCCAAGUCUUUAUCACUAACAAAGACCGACAACUCACUGUUCUUACCGACCAAAAGAAGGAACAUCAUCUUCCACAGAGUCCUGACUGCUUGAAAACACCAACAGAUACAGAUGGAGACUCCUAUUUCUUUGACACUCCAACGCCGGAAGUACCGGAGACUGUCAUCUCCUCUACCAGUCAGAGCACCUACCUUAAAGCCUGCAGGAUGUUAAGUAUAACGCCCUCUACCUUCUGCCUACGAUGCUUGAACGAAGCCACACUUGUUAUUCCCCAUCAUGGUAUCGGACCCUCUGGUGCCAAAGCUGUUGCCAUUGCACUUGUGAACAAUUCAACUAUAUCGCGUCUGGAUCUUUCCAGUAACGGCUUAGAGAGUACCGGAUUGUUCUACAUUCUAGAAAUGUUACAGUCUAACAAGAUGAUAUCAGAUAUUAAUCUAGCCAGAAAUGAUCUUGGUUCCAGAGGAGCUCAGCUGAUUUCAGAGUCUCUUAGGAAAAAUAAAACGCUCACAAAACUCAACAUUUCUGGAAACAAUUUCUCAGAAAAAGACGCAAAUUAUUUAGGAAAGCUAAUAAAGAAAAACAAAACAAUAAAAGAGUUAGUUCUUAGCCACAACAGUUUCCGGGAACAAGGGGGCGUUGUAUUGGGCGGAGCUCUGGAGUGUAACCGUGUGCUGAAGAAACUAGAUUUGAGCUGGAAUCACCUUAGACAGCUGGGUGCUGUAGCCAUUUGUUGGAGCAUAGGGGAGAACACAAGUUUGACGUCAUUGGAUCUCUCAUGGAACGGAUUUGGAAUGGAGGGUUGUCAUGAAAUGGGCAAAUCUCUUCUAAGAAAUCGAACUUUGACCUAUCUUGAUCUUAGUUCCAAUCGUGUAUCCUUUGACGCCUUUAGACAACUUUUGAGAGGUGUGGUGCAUAAUAAAGUCCUCAAAGUUCUUAAGGUUGGCAGCAAUCCAAUAACAACAGACGGGGCAUUUGCAAUUUUACAGUCCAUUGCUGUUUCUGACACAUCACUCGAAGAAAUUGAUUUGAAGGAUGUUUCAGUUGACAGCGAUUUCGUUGAUCUGCUAGAGCAAAUUAAGAAACGACGCCCUCUUACCUGCCAUUAUGGCAACACCUUACGUCAUGAUGAGAUCAAGAAAGGAGACGUCAAGCGUGUGUUAGACACAGAUGAUCCGGUCACCGUCUUGUUCGAAUACAUGAAGCAAAAGAAUCUGCGGUUAAUUGAUCUUCUACAUAACCUUGACAGAGAUCACAGCGACACUAUUACAAGAGACGAGUUCCAACAAGGCCUGUCUAACAUUGAUUUACCACUGAGUGGUCGGUCACUGGAUAUCUUGAUGAAGAAGUUAGACACAAACAGAGACGGAUCUGUGGACUACGAGGAGCUAUCAGCACGACACAAAGAAUACAUGAGAAAAGUCACCAGACUACGGCUUCAGGCUGACCUCGGUCCUAGCCACUACAAAGGUUACGACAAACUGGAGCAAUUACGAGAGGCUGUGCGUCUGAAGAUAUCACUCAACAUGACACGUCAAAAGACGGACACACAAAAAUUACCUGAUGUUUGACAGUGUUUUGUUUUCUUUGUUAUCAAUCGGCUAUUUCUCAGUAACAAACUGAUUGAAAUUUAUGUUCUAAUGACCUU